AAAAAUCAUCCCUGCAACAUCCAGAUGGUGCAGCAAGAGGCUGGAGGGAAGAGAAACACUAAAUUUCCCUAACUGCGCAGAAGCAGCCAGAGCCGCUCUCCAAGAGCUACACAAAAGAAGCUUUGUCUCAGCUGAUGAGAGAUCCCUUUGAAGCUUGGGAAUCCUGACUGGCAGCAUUUCAUAUCUGGCCAUCAUAGGGUUGGAGCAAUGAAGAAUGGAAAAGAAGGAAAAGAUGGGAAAGGAGAAAGCAGAAAGGAGAGAAGGAAAUAAUGCUGUUAGCUGGGGAGAGGCACAACUGACUGCACAUUGAACUUCCAGAGUAAGGUGAACGUGCCAUUGUUGCUACACAGAGAUACAGAGAGCUCAGGCAGUCUGUGCUUAAAUCACUUUUUUUACCUAAAUAAUUUCAGAAAAAGGACCUUCCAACAGGAGAACUGAUUGCUGCUGUUUCCUUGCUGCAUUGAACAGGAUCAAAUAAUGCUCCAUUCAACGUUGGCCUUGCCCCUCCUGCUAAUUGCAGUCUCAUCAAACCUUGCAAUGGCAAUCAAAAAGGAAAAAAGAGCACCUCAGACACUGUCAAGAGGAUGGGGAGAUGAAAUAACCUGGGUACAAACUUAUGAAGAAGGGCUUUAUCAAGCAAAGAAAAGUAACAAGCCGCUGAUGGUCAUUCACCAUUUGGAAGACUGCCAAUACUGCCAAGCACUGAAGAAAGCUUUCGCUGAAAAUGAAGAGGUACAAGAAAUGGCCCAAAAUAACUUCAUUAUGCUGAAUCUCAUGCAUGAAACUACAGAUAAAAACCUGUCACCUGAUGGACAAUAUGUGCCUCGAAUCAUGUUCAUAGACCCAUCUCUCACAGUAAGAGCUGAUAUCACAGGAAGAUACUCUAAUCGGCUAUAUGCUUAUGAGCCACAAGACAUACCAUUCUUAAUAGAGAACAUGAAGAAAGCAUUACGUCUCAUUCAGACAGAACUGUAACAAACAACAGUAAAGUGAUCAUAGCCUCUACGGGGUGAAGCUGCACCAGAAUAUCCAAUAUUUUAAAACAUUUUAGUUAGUCUUUCUGUCUCUACUAGCAUUCUGAACUCUAACCAAGCAACUUUAAUAUACCAGAUUUUGUAAGAGAUAUAUAUGCAUGAUUUGGAGACCAAACAUAAAAAGGCUAUCAUGCCCACUUGGGAAACGGAUAAGAAAUCUGUCAAACACUUUGAAGUUAGUUUUCUGAAUUACUGAAAGUGAUGGUUUAAUGUGCAGCAACUUUGAGCUGCAUUUUAUUAAUCCAACUAUAGCUUUAUUUUCAGCUACUACUUCUGAUCAAGAGCUAUAGACAUUCUUUUUUAAUGCCAAUUUACAAUUCAUUUUGUAAUGUAAUAUCUACAUCUCAGCUCCUAAUUUUUAUUUUUAUUUCAUGUAGCUUGUAAGUCUUUUGUGUAGCUUAGAUUUACAUGCUUAUUUCUCAUUUGUUGGCAAAUCAGACAGGAAGGCUCUUGCUAUAGACUUUAGAAUAGCUAAUAUAGAAAAAAAAAAAAAAAAUCUGAGAUCUAGGCUUAGCUUUAUUCUGUGUCUUUAACUAUUAUUCUGAUAACUGAAACAGAACAUAUAUAUUAUUCUGAGCAUGUGGUCUACAUGAAGUGGUGACAAUCAUCAAAUACAACUACAGGCUUUGCCAUGAUAAAAAUAAAGUGAUGCAAGAGAGAUUGAAGGAGAUAAUCCCAGAACUCCACACCUGAGGCCAAGUCAUGCUUGCAAAGUCUUAUAUGGGAAAAAGGACCAGGCUUUUCCUAACUCUCUGAAAUGUCAUGUCAAUCAUAGGAAGCUCAUCACGGGUCAUUCCUUCUUCUGCAGCAUCCCGACUCAGACAUCAUGGUGGAAGCAUGGUGAAGGGAUCUGUACAUACAAACUCUUCUUCACAAAAUCACCAUGUGGAAGGGCAGGCACCUAUUUUAAAUAAAGAGCUGAAUUCAGUUGAGGUAGUUUGUUGUCCCAACAAUUUUCUUUUUCACUAGAGCAAUACGGUAAGCCACUAAUCUGCAGGAAGAGCAAGUGUGUUAUGUUCUGUGCAAGAAACCAGUGUCACUUAUCUGUGUGACCUGCCAUUUCCUAUGAUGUUGCCUAAAUGCACAUAUGAAAGAUGCGUCCUUUGCAGGGCAGCUAUGUUAAUAUACAAUACUGAGUAUUAAUUCAUCAUAAGUUAGUUAUAUUGUGGCUAUCUAUGCCUUCAUAGUUAUGUAAAAUUUGGAUACAAUGACAUAUUCCAACAAAGUGGUCAUAAGUGAUUGGUAAAAUCAGAGAAAAUAAUCUUGUAUUAGUCCUUAAGUAUUGUCUUCAUAAUCUGUUAAAUGUUUUGUUUCUGGUUUUGUUUGUUUUUUAACCUGUAGGAAAAUGCUAGAAACAAAAUUAAAUUGGUGAUAACAUUCCUUUGAA